AUGUUCGACGCUAGUCUCCAGGAAACUCUUGCGCGCUACUCUGAUCCAUCUCAAAACCCGUAUGUGCAAGUCCGAUCACAGACGCCCGAGCCGCUACAUCAUCCUGGACUUGACGUAUUCUUAGACACUCCUUCCGCCAGCCAGUGGAAACCAAGAUGGAAACUAGAUGUCAAAGUGUUUGAGCAAUUCCCACAGGUGCUGGACUCUAGAGGAUGUUAUAUCCAGUCACCUACUUUGAGGACCCAUCCCCAGUCAUGCGUGCAGCAGGUUCUGCCAGAGCAUGCCAAUUUUGUGAAGUCUUCGUGCUAUACAGAUGAGAAUUUAGGUGCCAUGCCAGCUCCUAAACACGAUGCUGCAACUGUGGAUCACAAACGAUCAGGACCCGAUGUUCCACAAAUACUCUCUUCCCGAUCCUGUGUUCUCCGAAAGUUCUGGUUCAAACACUCUAGCUCUGGAGCUACAAACGACGAAACCAUGAGUGUCCUUGCUCCUGCCAACCUUGAUGAGCAGCCUUCCGCGUCUGGAACUCAUGUAGACCCUAUCGUCACUGCCGAUGAAUCAGACGCGUCGUUUAUGUUUGAUUCUGAUGUAUCUAGAUCGGCAAUGAUAGACGCGACAGCGGAGGAAGAGGAAACGGCAAUAGAUGAAGGAAAGGCAGACUCAAGAAGGGAAGCAGGGAACAGGGAGGUAGAAAAUUCGGAGAUGGAAGGAAUGGAAAUACAGAACAUGGAAUUACCAACCAAGGAAGCAGAAACCAGGAAAAUCGAACGAAUAGAAAUAGAGAAAUCGGAAAUAGAGAGACAGGAGUCGGUGGCAAAGACACUGAAGAAAGAGCCACGCGUUUCUCCAGCCACGAAUACCUCGAAACUUCUUCGAAUAGAGCGCAAGCUUAACAACAAGGAUCUCUUCAUGGGCUGGUACAAGUCCACGGACUCAUCAGAGCUUCGGUACCCACGCGAGUGUAUAGCACCCAAGACCGGCGAUGUCUAUGUCCACUCCUGCAAGAAAGAGGGAAAUCCAAAGUUCCAGCUAUGGGUGCGACAGAUUAGCCGUGGGAUGACUAUCUGGGUCAAAGCUCACAUUUUCCACAUACACCCCAAAUUACUCGAUCGCAGAUUGACGCUGGCAACGACAGGAGAGCCUUACUGGUCGACGAGACAAUCGCUUUUGGCUUCGGGAAGUCGGGAGAGAGCUAGCAAGAUGGCAGACAUGAUUUUGUAUUGA